AUGACAAUGCGGCUAGACGAGCUCACGGAUCUCAUCAAGGGCUGCGGCGAUGCCAUCGAGCUCCAGCGCGUCCACGCCGCGAUCUUGCGGAGCGAGCACGCCAGGAACGUGUUCUUGGGCAACAUGGUGCUGCUCAUGUACACGCGGCUUGGGAGCUUGGAGCAAGCCCGGCAGGCAUUCGAAUUGCUACUCCAUCCCAACGUCUUCUCCUGGAAUCUCUUGCUCCAGGCGUUCAUCGAGCACGGGGAAAUGGAUCGAUCCAAGCACACCUUCGACACGAUGCCCGCCAGGAACAUGGUGUCGUGGAACUGCGUGGUGGCCGGCUAUGCCCACGCCGGGGAUGUGGAGGCCGCCAAGGCCGUGUUUGAUACCAUGCCCGAGCGCGACGUCGUUGCAUGGAACUCACUGCUACAGGGAUUUGCCGCACGGUGUGACGUAGAGGGUGUGAGGAGAACGUUCGAGGCGCUGCCCGAGGCCGACGUGGUGUCCUGGACAAGCGUCAUCGCAGCGUAUGCCCUGUCCGGGCAUGUGGAACAGGCAAGCGGCGCGUUCUACCGCGCGGCACACCGAAACCUCAUUUCGUACACCGCGCUGCUCACCGCCCAUGCCCACGUUGGUGCUGCCGAUGCCGCCAAGAGGCUCUUUGAUGCGAUGCCCGAGUGGGACAUCCGGGCUUGGAAUGCACUGCUUCAAGCAUUUGCCGCCAAGCCCGACGUCCGCGCGGCACUGGCGCUCUUCUACACCGCUAUGCCACUGCAUGACGUUGUGUCGUCCACCACCAUCGUCGCGUUGUAUGCCGCCAGCGGGCAGCUUGAGGCCGCCAAGCUCGUGUUUGACACCAUGGCGCAGCGAAACAUCGUGUCAUGCAACACAAUGGUGGCGGCGUAUGCCGCCGGUGGACAUGUGAGUGACGCCGAGAGGAUCUUCCACACCGUGAUGCCGCUGCACGACUCCGUGUCCUGGACUGCCAUGCUUACGGCACACACCGAGGCCGGGCAACUGGAGGAGGCCAAGAACUUGUUCGAUGCAAUGCCUGCUCCACGGUGCGUCCAAGCUUGGAAUGCGAUGAUCACUGCCUUCGUCGACAACAUGGAGUUGAGCAGCUGCCAGUUCUUGUUCGAUGCAAUGCCCGAGAGAGAUCUCGUGUCAUGGAACGCAAUGCUCGGGGGAUAUGCCCGGAGUGGGCGUCUAGGCUCCGCCAAGAGGGUGUUUGCGAGGAUGCUGGAGCGCGACACAGUGUCGUGGAACACUGUGAUUGCCGCUUUCGCAGACUCGGGGCAUGGCCAAGACGCGAUGCUCAUGUUCUUGCGCAUGCUUGUCGACGGACUCGUUCCAAACCAGAUAACUUACACGAGCGUCCUCGCGGCUUGCUGCUCGUGGGACGAGAGCCGGAGCCACUUCUCGUCGAUGGUUGGCGAUCACGGCGUGGGGGCGGUGAGAGCCCACUACUCUUGCGUGAUCGGUGUGUUGGCGUCCACGGGAGAGCUGGGAAAGGCAUGGGAGCUCAUCGAGUUCAUGCCGUUUGUGCCCGACGCGGCCGCAUGGGGAGCACUGCUGAGCGGCCACCGUGUCCAUCACGAGCGCACUGGCGCGGCAGCAGCGGCAAAUCGCUUUGCAGAUUUGGAAGCGAGUGACUCCGCGCCAUACGUACUCUUGGCCAGCCUCUGA